AUGGCGCGAAGUGACCCUCAGAAGCAGCUUCUAACCCUAAUCCGCGACUUCGCCUCUGAAAAAUCUCAAGGAGAGAGAAGAGUAGUUGGCUUAAAGAAGGGAAUCGAAGAGCUUCGGUCUGAGCUCGACGCAGCAAAUGCGGAGCUCGAAGACGCCAAGCGCACAAAAGAAACCGUUGAGCAAGAGCUUAAAGGUUACGAAGUUGAAUUGGCUAGGAACGAAGUCUCAAUUCAAACCUCGGAGGCAAGAAUUUCUCUGAUUCAGGACGAAAUAUCCGCUGUUGGAUCUGAUCUAGAAGCUCUUAAGCAUAAAGAAGGAGCAUUGCGAGACGAUUUUAUAAGCCAAAUGUCUGAGCUCAACACUAAGAUAAGGAAAUUCCAAGAAGUAAUCGCUUGUAAUGUUCACCAUGAAAGUGAUGUUGGAACUGCCGCAGCAGCCAAACACAAACAUGUGAAGGAAGUAAAUGAAGUUGCAUUAAAAACUUUGGAAGAUACACUAGCCCAUAUAAUAUCUCAAACAACUAAAGAGGAAGAAGAAUACCAAGCAGAACAGAAUUUUUCAAAGGAGGUCCAGCAGGAGUUGAUUGAUGAUGAGAAGAAGGUGUCUCUAAUGGACGUGAUAAUUAAAGUAACAAAAGAGUUAGAGGACGUAACAAUAUAUCCUUAUGAAAAACUACGUUGGGUUGUACCAAUUAAAAGUUCACUGACUUACUGCCUUACUAUAAAUAAUUUCUAGGAAUGUAACAUGACUUACUGCUUUUCAAAAGGUGAAUAUUGUCAAGCUGAUAUGGUCAUUGUUUUAAUUCAUGGGUAAAUGAUUUCAGGUCAGUGCUCAACGUAUGAGCAUUUUGUUAACAAUCCCUUGCACUUCAUAAAUCUAAUUUCACCUUUUGAAAAACCAUAUUUGCUU